AUGCCUCGAGGAUUUCUAGUCAAACGUUAUACCAAUCAGUUGCCAACUGAUAAUCAAUCGGCUAAUGAUUGUCCAUUGCCGCUACAGUUGACCACUCGGCCAAUGAUCUAUCGGUACUCGGAUGAGGAUCGGUCAGAGUCGAGCUCAUCGGAUGCCGAAGCGCUGGCCAGUAAUACACCGUCGCCGUUGCCAAUCACACAUUCAACUACACAUUCAUUGGUUUCAUUAGCUCUGUCGCCACCGUUAUUGUCUUAUAGCAAAAAAUACAGCAAUUGUGAGUUACCACAAGAAGCGCCGCUUGCUUUGACCAAAAACUCUUAUCCAACCAAACGGAAGAGUACGGUCAGUACUCCUCCCGCCGAUGAUGAAAGUCCAUCAGCUCUAGACCUGCGAUGUCCGGGAUUUAUAUUCCAUUUUCCCGAUCGGAUGCCAUCGUCAGCGCCGACGGCAUACCAACGAACUCCGAAACGGCAUAAAGUCAUUCGUAAAUUGAAUUUCGAUGAACACAAGUCAUCGCCAGUUUCGGGYACUUUUAUACGCGAUUCGGACAGUGAAGACGACUACAACCAUCAGACGUGUGUCAGAAGAUCCGGUGAUAUUGAUCCGAGUCUUAACGUAGUGGUCAUCACCGACGAGGCCCGAGCAGAGAUCGAAAAGAUCGAAAACAAAAUCGGCGACUAUAUCUGUGCGCUCUGUAAGGAAAAAUAUGACGACGCUUUCGGUUUGGCCCAACACAGAUGCACACGUAUUGUUCACGUAGAAUACCGGUGCCCGGAAUGUGAUAAAGUAUUCAACUGUCCGGCAAAUCUGGCAUCGCAUCGUCGAUGGCAUAAACCGAGACCCAACGGCGGCAAUGGCAACAGUGGUGGCACCAAAAAAAACAAAGUAUCGGUAAUGGGAACGGCAGUCAUACAAUCGGAUAUCAAUACGACCAGCAAUUGUUCCAUUGAAAGCACUUCCAGCGCCUCAGAUGAGACAAACAGUCAGAGUCAGGAAAGUAUUGAUGGAAAGUAUGAAUGCGAGUGCUGUCAUAAAAAGUUUAGACGAAAUGCUUACUUAAAAAGACAUUUACUGUCAUUGCAUAACAUCGACAUUGAAAACAAUAAUAAGUCAUCAGAUGGUAAACACAACAAUGAAUUUGCAUUUAUUGCUAAACAAUUAGCCAAACGAAAGCAUUCAGCAAACGAUAGACAAUUAUCGACUGAAAACGACUAUCAAUAUCGUUGUCUGUUAUGUAAUCUGGUUUUCAAUAGUGAUUUAGCGCUUCAAAUGCAUAACAAAUCGGUGCACAUCAUUGCAAGCCAACAGUCCCUGAAUUGCAAGUACUGUCCCAAUGUAUUGCCAAAUGAAGCUGAUCUUACAAAACAUAUCAAUAAAUAUCAUACAAAAAAUGAUAAUCAAAAUAAUGAGUCUAUACUCAAGUCAGUCCAAACUCUUAUUAAACAAGAAGUCAUUUAA